UAGUAAAAAUAAUUUAAUGUCUUCUUAUUUCUCUCUCUGCAACUGAAUUCCGUUAUUUUAUUAUUAUGUACUCGAAUGUUAGUGUAAUAUUUUUUCGGUGCAUUCGAAUUGCAAUUGCGUGUGAAAAAAGGGUCGAAUUGUGUCCGCGUUGUUUUUUACUCAGAUACGAAUUACGUGUCCGAUUUUUUUUAAGCAGAUUAGCAUUGUAUGUGUAUGAGUAUUUACUACACAUUGGAGCUCAAAAAGCGGCUCAAACAUUUUUAAGUGAAAUAAGAUGGGAAAAGAAUAUAACAUUGGGUGAACCUCCUGGAUUUUUGCAUUCCUGGUGGUGUGUCUUUUGGGAUUUAUAUUGCGCUGCUCCAGAACGACGUGAUACAUGUGAGCAUUCUAGUGAAGCUAAAGCAUUUCAUGAUUAUGGUUUUGUAAAUGCAGGUUAUGGUGUAAAUGGUAUUGGGCAUAAUGCAGGACCUUCUCCUAGUCCUUUAGGACAAAUGCCUCCAAAUGAUGGAAUGCCAGGUGGCCCUAUGCCUGGAAGUUUUUUUCCAAAUUCAUCAAUGAGACCAUCACCUCCAAGUCAUCCUUCAGCACAACAAUCUCCUCACUCUCAACCUCCUUCUCAUGGACAAAUGAUAUCAAAUCAGCCAUUUAUGGGCCCUCGUUAUCCAGGUGGUCCAAGACCUGGAAUUCGCAUGUCACAAUUAGGAAAUGAUUUUAAUUCUCCUUCUGGUCAGCCAAUGAUGCCUGGUAUGGAUCCUUUAAGACAAGGUGAAGCUGGAGAAUAUGUUGUAGGUUGGCAAGGAGGUAUGGGACCCAUGAAUCCUCGUAUGAAUCCUCCUAGAGGUCAAAACAUGAGCCCUUUAGGAUCAUAUAGUCCUGGAAUAAGAGGCCCUCCUCCUAAUACCACCAUGGGACCUGGUGGCAGUGGACCAAAUAUGCCAUUGUCUAUGGGUGGACUAGUUGGAAGGCCCCAAUGGCAACCAAAUGCAAAUACUCCUAUGAGUUAUUCAUCAUCAUCACCAGGCGCUUAUGGAGGACCUUCUGGAUCAGGCGGCCCUCCUGGACCAGGCACACCAAUUAUGCAAAGCCCUCAAGAUUCUUCUAAUUCUGGAGGAGAAAGUAUGUACACAAUGAUGAAGCCGGUUACUGGAGGGAAUAUGCCUGGUGAUUUUCCAAUGAAUAAUGCAUCAGAUAAUGGACCAUUAGGACCAAUGGGUCCAAACACAAUGAAUUCAGUUUUGAAUGGCGACGGAUUAGAUGGUAUGAAAAAUUCACCGACAACUGGUGGUCCUGGUACACCAAGAGAAGACAGUGGAAGUGGCAUGGGCGAUUAUAAUUUGGCAGGAUUUGGAGGAGCAGGAGAAAAUGAUCUGACCGAAUCCGCAGCAAUAUUGAAAAUAAAAGAAAGUAUGCAAGAGGAAGCCAAACGUUUUGAAAAGGAUUCUGACCAACCGGAUUAUUACAUCCAAUAGUCAAAAAUAUGAUGAUGGCUCGAAUUUAUAAUACUAUAGAUUUAAACUCUUGCAGUGAAUAUAAGUGUAAUAUAUUUACACUGAUAUGUUCGUGACAUUUUUGAAAUUUCAUGGUUCACAACCAAUUUGAUAUAAAAAGUUAUACUUUAUUCAUUAUUGAUAUAUUACUAUAAUACAUAUUACGCAGGGAUUAUGUUCAUGGACAGUAUGUAAUAUAAAUAUUUAAGGUAAAUUUGUUUAAAUAUGAAAACAAAUUGUACAGUUUCCUCAUAAUUAUUGAAACUUCACUGUUGUGUUCUUUUGAACUAUAUUUUGCACUCAUACAAUAAUGGUUAGGAUAAAACCUUUCUUUAAAGAGCACCAAAAUUUAGUCGGAAAUAUCCUUUUAUGUUUUUUUGGGACUUCUACUAUUUUUAAAUAAUCGUAUUAUUAAAACGAAAUUUAUUACUGUUCUAUAUU